AUGGCUAGUUCGUGGCACCCGGCUGCGGCCCCGUCACAAGUCUGCGCUCCAGAUGACGUCUCUGCGGCCAGAGUUGAAGGUCGCUCAGCGAGCGGAGGCAGUGCUGUGCCAGAUGGCGCGGGUGCCUGGCUCGGGCAACUCGGUGCCGCGGCUGGGACCCGCGAGCGUGCCUGGGGGCCAGCACCAACGAACCAGGGUCCUGUGUUCGUGGGUCCGAGACCUGGCGAAGCGGCUCUAGAACUGCCGCUUCCGCCUGAGCUCGCUGCGGAGCUUGCCGCGCGGGGCGUGCCUUUGCAGGGUGCAGGCGCACUAGCGCCACCGCCUGCACUUGUAGCGGAGUUUGGGAGACUUCAGGUACACGGCGCUGGACCAGUGCCCGCACACGGCCAGGCUGCACAGACGCAUCUACCGAAUUCGUUUCAUUCCAUGCAAGCUGCCUGGAACACAUCCCAGUUUGGUGCUGCACCGAAGCACCACGGUGGGAUGUCGGCAGCGCCACCGCUUGACCGUGCUUGGGCGAGCACUGCUUCGGGUAGAGCGCAGCAGCACCUGGAGCCAGGCAUGCGUCCUAUGGCCUGGAGCGGUCCAUACAGGUCAGCGUACGCUCCGCGCUACACAUCAUUUUACGGCCCGCAGAAUUUUGCCUCGAACUGGAGUAAUGUGAGCCGGGCUCCAGAAACGCAGACUGAACAGGUGCACCAAACCGACCAGCAACGCGACGAGCUGGAACAGAGUGCGACUUCUGCAAGUUUAGGACAAGCAGAGCAGCGCGAUGUACAAGCCACAGCGCAUACGCAGGUCUCGACAGAUGCACCUGCUGCGAGCGUUGACGCUGAGACGCCUUCGAGUCUGUCUUUCGAGGAACUGCUCCGUCAAGCACGCGUCGAUCUAGACGACACAUUCGACGACGACUAUUUACAUGCGUACGGGAGAGCGAUGAACGAUACAGCUUAUCGUUUUCAGUACACCGCCGAGGAGAAUCGCUACCUCACAGACGAGGGACGCGAAUCGCAGACCGCUGACAACAGGGCUGCAGCACUGGCAGCGCUUGCGGAAGGCGAGCGCUUGUACGCAGAAGGUCGACUUGCCGAGGCGAUUAUGGCCUUCGAGGCGGCCGUCAAACUCGACCGAGAACUUUCACGCGCAUGGUAUUUUCUGGGCGUCGCCCAUGCGGAGUCUGACCAGGAUCCACAGGCCAUCGCCAGCUUGAAACGAGCCCUGGAAUGUGAACACAAUGAAGCACAGGGCGACGAUAUGAUCGCAGAUACGCUUUUAUGUCUCGGGGUUUCGUAUACCAAUGAGCUGAAUCCAUCCCAAGCGUUAAGAUAUCUGCAGCAAUGGUUGGAUCUGCAUCCUAGUGCGCAGGUGCAACCUGCCUCUGCCCGGGCUGCACCGGUUUCCUCUGCGUCACCUGCGGACGAAACGUAUCCCACGCCCACCAGUCAAGUCGACGAGUUGUAUGCACGACAACGGGCGCUGCUGGAGAGAGUCCAGGAUCUUCUCAGUCGUCAUAACGAUGCUCAGCGCGAUGCCGACCUCUACUCGGUGCUCGGUGUGGUGCACUCGUUGAUGCGCGAUUACGACGCAGCGGUUUUAGCUUUCCGCCGUUCUGUGGAGCUCCGCCCCGAUGACUACCGCCUAUGGAACCGUCUGGGGGCGACGCUAGCCAACCAUUUUCGGAGUAUGGAGGCGCUCAGAGCCUACCGCAGCGCCAUUGAUCGGCGACCGAACUUUGUACGAGCCUGGGUCAAUGUGGGUACCUCGUAUGCGAACCAGGGCUCGUACCCGCAGGCCAUUCGAUAUUAUAUUCAGGCGCUGCAGCGCAAUCCUAGAGCAUUGCACAUUUGGUCAUAUUUGCGAACCGCUGCAAUCGCAAUGAAUCGACUUGACAUCCUCGCCAUGGCCGAGGAUAUGAAUCAGGAUAACUUGGAGGCGAUCGCCGCCGCCCUCGAGCAGUCGUCAUGA